AUGGCUGUUAAAAUUAUGUUUAGCAUAAGAACCCAGCAAGAGCAUAAUCACAAAAAGCAUUCUUCUUUAUUUAAAGUUAUUCUUAGAGAUGUGGGCAACAUUGAAAGAAAUCGUGAAAGAUCCCCAGUAGGCUACCUUCCAAAGUUGAAGCCAAAGAAAAGAAGAGCAGAAUCAGGGGAUUUUAAUAAUCUGCUUCAUUCGAAUAAUCAAAUGAUGUGAAUUAAAAGCCCAAAUCUGGUUAAAAAUAUAGAAAAUACUGAGAGAGCAACUAGAUCAGCGAACUCUAAAAUUCCCAAUAAUCAAAAUGACUAUUAUCCUGCAAAAUUGAAGCUAAACUUAGGAUUGAUGAGUAAAAGAAAGAACUUGGAUUAUGAGCAGCCAAUGAUUAUUGAAGGGCUCAGACCAGUUCCAUUAACAUUAAGAGGCAUAUCUAACUCAAGCGAAGCAAAUAAUGAAAAUGAAGCUCCAUUUCUAAACUUCCAAGGGAUUUCAAAGCUACAAGAUAAAGAUUAUGAAAGCAAGUAUAAUUUUGUUAUUGAGAAUCUUGAUAAUAAUAAAAUGGCUUCGAAUAAAAAGGCAAUUCAUACGGUGAAUUCAUUUUACUCGCCCAAAUAUGGGGUUAGGUCUUUAUAUGUGGAUAUCUGCACAAUAGGGAAAAAAUGGCGAGGGAUUAUAUACUAAUCCAUAUUGUGUAUCUUAUUUACCUCUUACCUCUGCUGAUAUAUAGGCCAAGUUACUAAUUUUAUGGUACUUCUGGUUCCCAAAUGGCUUCAUGGUAAUUAGGAGAAGCGAGCCAGACUGUGAGUCCAAGAGUAGCUAAAAGACGGAGAAAAACACACUGAGCAACUAGAGGCAGAACUAGAAGAUAGUUAAAUUAAGCUAAUUUGCUUAUUUUCUAUUGAAGAUCUUUACCAUAUUGAAAAAAACAUAAAAGAUUCAGAAGUUUUGUCUUCUAUUGACACAGAAAGUCCGCUGCCAAGCUAUAUGCCUAAAUACUUUGCUAAAUUAUACAAAAGUUAA